CUCUUUUUCCUAGCAGUCCGAAGUGAGAGCUGUACGUGAACACGCUGUUGGUUGUGAGCGGUGGAUCCACCGGUGAUUUCAGAGGCCGCCGAAAUAAAACUAGUGUAUACUUGGUUUAGUGAAGAAGUUGUGUGGAAAAUUUAUCUGAUGUUAUAUACGAUGUAUCGUCAGGCCAUUCUGCAAAUUGUCCCUAAAUGGCAUUUUUGGAAUAACAGAGUAUGUUUUUCGCAUGUGAGACUUAAGGAGAACUUUCAGAAAGUCUUAGAAGUUAUCAAGGAAAACAACAGAGCCCAAAAAUUCUGUGGUAUUCUCAUAAACGCUAAAGAAGUCACUCAAGAAUCUGAUUGUAUCUCUCUUCACCCUCCCGUAGAAAUUUCCCUGAACAAAGAUGAGUUAGAAGCUCAUUCAAUUAUCUGCGAGCUAAAAGAAAUCAUUCAUGAAGAUAAGCCUGAAUAUAUUCUAAUUGAUACAAUCUUAAAAGCACUUAGAAAUAGCUCUAAUGAAACACGUCAGCAGCUUAUUUCACUUCUUUUUAGUAUUGAUACGGUUAAUUUCUUGAAUCCCAAGAACCAGAGUUCAAAAGAAUACUUAAAAUCUUUUAUAAAUGAUGUUGAAUGCUUUUUUAGAAAUGCAAGUGAGAUAAAUCCUUAUAAGAUUUUAGAUACCCAAGGAGCUUUAAAAAUGGUUGAAGGUAGAUUAUUUGAUCAUUUUGAGAAAAAUGAGUCAAAUGAUGGAUAUCUGCCUACAGUCUUUAUUGAGCAUUCAAUCUCUUAUCUGCAAAAAAUAGUGCUCAAUGUAAUAUUUGACGAAGGUAAUCACUCUGAUGAUCAUAAUAGAGAAAUCGAAGCUUUAAUGUCUGAUGCUGUUUCACUAAUUUCAACUAGGUUGUUACUACUGCACAGUGCCUCAAAAUCUAUUAUAGAGAAAUGUUUAUUGGCACGAAGAUCUUCAAUUGCUAUUGACGGACAUGAUUUUGAUUGCGAAGAGUUUUAUUUGCAGCAGUUUAGAUAUUGCUACUAUUUUUUGGACGAGGUGCCUUUUUAUUAUAUGUCAAGAAAAGAGAGACUCCUGCAGCACUUGAAAGACACCAAGAGUAGUAACAAUGCCUGGGAGUUUUGUGAUUUGCUUGACUCUAUGAAUAAACUUAAAUCGGAUACGAAUAAAAACUUCUUUUAUGGUGAUAUGUAUCGUCUUAAAUACGUAAUUCCUACUGAAAUACUUAAUUCGGUUACUGAUACGAAUCCAAAAUCUUUAAUUAGUGAUUUAAUUAUGAAUCGUCUUAAAGACAUAAUUCAUACUGAAAAACCUGAAUAUAACAUAAAUAAAUUUAUCUUGAUGUCCCUUAAGAAUAGAUCUGAUGACUUAAAAGAAGUAAGUGAGUUUAUAUCUCGAUCUCUUUUGGGUAUUGAUAACUUUGACUGUGGAAAACAGAAUUCAGAAGAAUAUUUAAUGCAUUUCAUAGAAGAAUUCGAACGUCUUAUUAAUUUGUAUGGUUCUAGUCUUAGUAAUCGUCAUGGUUAUAAUUUGCGUGACAGAAACUUUAAUGCUUUAGAAGAAGUUUCUACUACUUUAAUGAGGAUUACAUGGAGCUGUACAGCAGACCUUCUAAGAGUAUUACGCCAUAAAUACCAAUUGCAUUUCUUCGAUGAAGAGAAAAAAAAAAUUGGAUUUUUGAUGGUAGAGGCUAUUAAACCUAUUGAAAAAUUUGUAUAUAGAAUCGGUGGUAUUGAAACGUACAGUAAGAUAAAAAGUUUUUUGUUGUUACGAAGAUCCUCCCUUCAGUAUUUCAGAGAUUUUUUUGAUUCAUUUCCUGUUGAUGAAACUCCAUUAAAACGUUUUGAUAUGAACAGGAUAGAUUUGUGCAUCGAGGUAUCAGAUAGGGAUAUUGAUAAAAUGUGUAAAGAUGCUGAAAUUUGGGCUUCUCUGGAUGAUGAUGAGGAGGAUGAGGAAGAUGAGGAUGAUGUUUUUUUUAUCGAAGAUUUCGAAGAACACGAUGACCUCAAAAAGGAUGGCGCAUCUACAAUGCCUGAAUCACAUGUGUGGUGGGCUAAGUGUUCUCAAACCCUAAAUCGUUUAAGGAUAAAUAAAUUUCUUUAUCAACUUUGUUAUUUCUCUUGAGCUGUAAUACGACAUUCUAAUAAAAAGAAAUUUCUGUAUGUAACAGUACUCUGGAUAUUAAACUUUGUUGUUGUUAUGAAUAUAGGGCUGCCUUUGGCGACUAAAUCGACUGUUUUAAAGCAAUAUUAACUAGGGCGACUAUUUUAGUAGAAAUAUGAGUAAAAACAACUAAUUUACAGUGAGUUGCGUAAAAUCGGCGACUUUUUUUAGCCAAUUAGCGACUAAAAUGAAGAAUAGCUUCUUGAGUUUCCCCCUUUCCCCACUUUUUUUCGCAGCGCUUUCGUUUUAUCCAAACUUUAUUCUUCCUCAGUCAAAAGCAAGACAGACAUGUUUUACCAAUCAGACUAAUGGAAUUGAAUUGCUCCUCCUGCUUCAGGAAGCUAAUGUAAUAUCUCUGAGGAUUACGUUUUCCCCCCCUCUUUUAAUUUAAACGAAGAGGCAAAAUUAAAACAAAUUGUCUUUAAAUACACAAAAUGUGUAGUUAAUUUUUUAGAGCGAUUUAGAAUAGAAA